CCACCACCAUCAGCAAUCAGUUGCAUACAUUGAAGACCGAGGUCCAGAAGCUGCAGUCGACAAACGCGGACGACAAUCCGAAGAUGUACAAGAUGCCAACUUUCAACCUGGAGAGGUUCGACRACUACACGCAGCAGGAUCCCGUCCUCUGGUGGGAAGCAUUCACAACGCAACUCAGGAUUCUGCCAGUAGCCAAGCACGCGUACAUCGGCGCCCUGUUCCUGAACUCAAAGGGCGGAUGCCAGACCUGGUUGAGCCACUUGGCAACCUCCCAUGGCGUCGACAUACCAGACUUGAAGGACGUAAUCACAUGGGAGGAACUAACACGGCUGUGGAAGAAGCGGUUCAUCGUCGACGACGCGCCGACACUCGCCAUCAACCGUUUGUUCACCAUGUCACGGGGCAACACAGCAACACGGGACUGGCUCACGGAGUGGCAGAGGAUUGCGGCUGUGACCAAUCUGAACCUACCAUUCGAGCAUCUACGCCGUGAGUUCUACAACAUGUCCUGUGCGGCAUUGAGCCAGGCUCUUGGUGAUCGYGAGCAGUACUCAACCUUCGCGGAGAUCAUUGACAAAGCGAGGGAGAUCAUCAAGACCAACAGGACAGUUUCCAUGGGUCAAGUUUGGCUUGACCGAGGCGGAGUACAAGAUCCGCGGCCGCUACGGCAGCUGCUAUUGGUGCAACAGCACCAAGCACAAGACCUCCCUGUCCCAAGAUCAGGGCAAGGAGGAUGUGCGACCCCGCCUCAGCUCGGGAAACUGAGCUCCGCGGAAGGUGAGGCGACUCCACCUUCUACUCCGCCAGAUUCGGCCGCCUUGCUAGCGGCCUCCUGCACAUCUGGGGAGGAUGCGAAUGUCGCAAGUCCUCGGUAUACUUACGAGGAUUAUGCUGUCCACUUGGUUCCACCGCUGGACCAACCGCUCAACGUGCAUCAGUCCACCGCAUGCACAGUUUCAUCACCAUCGGCAACCGAUUCGGCAGCUUCGCCGCAACCUAUCGCCGGGGAUUCGACGUCAUGGUCAAGACUUGAUGAGCUCGAUCCGUUGACGUUCACGGACUUCCAGUGGAUGCCCGUUCCCUCGACCGGACGAUUGCCGAAACCGCAUUACAACGUGCUUAUGGCACAAUUGCGGGACUACUUGCACACUGCAGUACCAGCUCCGUUGAUGGGCGCCGGAGCAGAGGUUGUCGACCUUGACGCUUUCAUCGCGAAGAUCGACCGCGAGUUCAAGACGCAACGGUACGACGACAUCGACGCACCAUUGCUAUACAUACGCAUUCAGAUCGGAGAGGCGACCUACAGUGCCUUGAUCGAUUGCGGAGCAUCUCGCAACUACAUCAGCCAGGACUUCAUGGUACGCGCCGGCCUUGGCCCACGUGUCCGGAGGAAGUCCCAGCCUACGCAAGUCACUCUCGCAGACGGUCAUACGCACAAGUCCAUCGACCGAUGCAUUGACGCCGUCCCAGUGUACUUUGCCCCCCACGCAAGUGAGGCGGUGUCCUUCGACAUUCUGGACACCAAAUUCGACAUGAUCUUGGGCAUGUCAUGGCUGCGAAGCAAGGAUCACCUUGUGAACUUCUUCAACUGUACCGUUCACGUUCGUGACCGGAACGGAGUGUUAGUUUCAUGCACGGUGCCUUUUCCUCAUCCUUCGAUCAACUGCCAUGUGGUAUCCGCCGCAAGCAUGCGAGCUUCCAUCAUCAGAGACGACAUCGAGGAGAUGGGGGUGUGUUUUCUCCACGCCCUCCCGCCACAUGACGCUUCAUCGACGGACUCACCUUCGGAUCCACGCAUCACCGAACUUCUCGACACCUACAGCGACGUGUUCGAAGGCCCGCAUGGAGUAGUACCGGAUCGACCCAUCCGCCACGAGAUCAUCCUCGAGGACGGGGCCGUACCUCCGCGCGAAGACAUUGUCAGCGACCGCGACACUCGUUUCAUGUCGGCGUUUUGGACUGCUCUCAUGCAGGAGUCCGGCACAACAAUGAAACCAAGUUCGGCUCGACACCCUCAGACAGACGGGCAGACGGAGCGGGCACAUCAGACCGCUCAAAUGAUGCUUCGUACGCUAAUCCGUCCGGACCAGAAAGAUUGGGUUGACCGCCUCCCCGACAUCGAGUUCGCCUACAACACUUCGGUGCAUCCGGCGAUCGGCGUGACUCCAUUCGAGUUGCACCACGGUGGACGGAAAGGCCGGAUCUUCGCCGACCUUCUCCUCCCUCGACCAGCCGACAUUGACGCUGCCUGCUCUCCCUCUUCCGUCCGGAAGUACAGGGAAUUGCCGACUCAAGCCCGCGCAAAUAUGCAAAAUGCUCAAGUCCGCAUGCAGCAGCAAGCCAACAGGCGUUGCGUACCAUGUCCCAUCCGCGCCGGUGAUCUGGUUUGGGUCUCCGCGGAAGAGUUUGCACUGGAACCGGAUGUUUCACGCAAACUGCUUCCCAUGUGGUUUGGACCUUGGUCUAUGACAGCAGCCGCGGGCGAUGAGCCCGAUGGCCCUUCAUUUGUGAUCAACAUUCCAGAGCAUCUGACGGUCCAUCCGGUCUUCCACGCCUCGAAGCUGGCAACUUACACGCCAGCCAAGAGCGACGAMUUUCCGGACCGACGAUCGCAGGACCCUCCUUCUAUGGAUGGCCAUCAGGAAGUUGACCGCGUCAUCUCCGAUCGCAAGUACGGCAGCAAGCCGCAGUAGUAUAAAGUCACAUUCAAAGCAUGCAAUCACGACGACACUCGGUGGAUAUCAGGCGCAGAUUUGAAAGCAUCCGCACCGCUGAUCUACGCGCAUUAUGAAAA